GGAUUGCUGGGAAGAAGAAGGAGGCUGUCGAAGUAGAGACUUUGGAGAGGGAGGUAUAACCAUAGCCACUCUCAAAAGGAAUCACCCUCAUAAGGACCGGUGUCCCUUCUUACUGUAGCAACUGCAGGACCAGAAUCUGGUGCUAGCUGAGCAGAGGAAAUCUGAUACAUCCACAUCUGCACGCAGUGACCUCAACAUCUGCAGCGCGGGAGCAUCAUGAUGGAAGAGGAGAUCCUUGAGGACCGGGCUAAGCUGAAACAGGGCCUGGUCAAAGUGCUCCAGUGUGUGGCCACCAUCUCCUCAGCAGCAGCUGUGGUCAACCCCAUUUUUGGCGUGGCAGGUUCCCUGAUCCGGGUGGUGCUGCACCACGUCGACGACGAGGACAUCCGCACCCUGAAGCGUGAGUUUGGCUCAGUCAACCGAGCGCUGGACGAGCUCUCUCAGAUGAACCGCAACACGCUGGUUCAGAUCAAGAAAGAAACGCUGGACGGCCAGUACUGCCGCGUGGAGGAGAACCUGAAGAACCAGUUCAGGAAGUUCAUGGAGAUGGUGGAGGCGCGGCCGGAGCACUGCGAACGCAAGAAGGGCGACUUCGAAGACAGCUAUUCCAAUGACCUGGGAGACCAGAACCUGCACACGCUGUACGACGGCGUGGUGGGCAAACCCAAGCUCUUCAGCAGACCCAUCCUGGAGGUGUACCUGAAGCACUCGCAGGGCGACCGCCGCACCAUGGAGCGCCUCUGCACACGCCUCACAUAUCUGUUCUGCAUCGGCCUCAUCGCCCUCAUGGGAUACGCCGCCGUCAUCGGAGACGACGAGGAGGGCCUGACCGAGGAGUGGGCCGAGAAGAUGGAGCACGUGCAAGAGAAGAUGCAGGAGGCGCUUCGCAGGUGCAAAUGAAGAAGAGGGAGCUGCUUUUCCUUCAUAUUCAGGACUCGCAUGUCCACAUUCCCUCUGUAACUCCGUCCUCUUAGCUUUUUCUCUCCCAGUAAGCACUUUUCAUAACAUCUCUGUUCACUGCUUGAUAGCCCAGUGAUAAAAAGCAGCAACAUGCCUCAUUCUUUCCUCCAAACGUUGCUCUUUGAGCCACAGGCAUGUAUGUUCUGUCCAAGGUAAAGAACUCUAAAUUAUGUCACUACAUUUGCUAUAUAAAAAAGUGAUGUGAUGAAUUCAGAAAGCACUACAGUGGUUUGAAUUGAUUGAGAACACUAAGACAAAUAGGACAUGGGAGCAUUAUCAUUAAUCAUAAAUCUACUCUGAAAGCAAUGUAGUGACAUAACAGGCUUUAUAUCACGCAAGAUAUCACAGACAUCUGUAACUCAGUCUUUAACAUAAAUGUAUGUAGAUCCAGUUUGUGAUAUUGCAAAGCGUCCCCCGCAUUAUGCACUUUCUUUUGUAUUACACUACAAGUUGGUUGGCAUUGACAACGAGCUGGCCACGCAAGUUUAAAGAGGAACAGGAAACAAGCUUCAGUGCAAUGUUACUCCACUAGAGGGCCUCGUGAGAUCCUCCAAGCUAUAAGGCUACAUCAUCUUUAUGCAGAUGUCGAACAACUCAACAGGUUGAGCUAUCAAUCAAGUUAUAACAGAAAGAGCAAACAAACCAAAACAUGGAACAAAUAUCAAAGUUUCCAGAGCUAUGAAUGUACCAGAUAAGAAAUCAUAUAAUCAUUAUCACGCACUAUAAAUGAUUUAAUUAACUAAACAUGUGCCACAGAUUGUUAGUUUUCCAUGCAUGGAGUUCAGUAUACACAAUGCAUGCCGUCACUCUCCUUCAUUGAUUUAUAUUCAUAAACAGAUCAUUUACUUUCUAAAUGUGCUAUUUAAGGAAAGUGUAAUAUAACUGGAUGAAUCCUUCCACUCUUUAAUUAUCCAUAACGUGCAAGAGGUGCACCAAGUGGGUUUUAAUAUAUAGAUGCAAUUAUAAAUUGGUUAUUUUUUGCUGUAGAGCCAAAUAGACCCUAUAUAAGAUUGAAUAUCCAUUAUUUGAGGCAUUUUUUAUUUUAUACAAAAGUUAAAAGUAAUUUUCUCUUAUUUAAUUCCUCAUCUGACCAACGUGCCUAAAUGUGCAAGUUUUGUAUUAUUUAGUUUUUUUUUAUCUUAAUCAUUUAACUAUCAGUGUGCAACACUGUUCGGAAUGGUUUAUACACUACAGUGCAUAAUGUCAAAGUCGUGGUUAAAGUCCUUUUUGUAAGUGUUUGUCUAUUUUCUUUGUUUGUUUUAGCAACGGGUGUUAUCAAUAGUACCAGGUGGGUCAACUAAACAUGUGAAACAUAAUAUCUGAUGAUCAUCAUGUCCUUACUUCCCCUACGUUUUUCAUACUUUACACAUUUCUAGUCCUUUUUACUCUCAUCCCCUCAACACAUAACUCCUAAGUGGUUUAUCGUUCUGUGGCUUUGCGCCAACUCUCUUAUUGUUACAACAGAUUCAGUUUACGCUACGUGAACUCAGUCAGAAUGCUGUCGAUAUGGAGGAAUAUUAUGAGAACCUCAAGGCUUUUUUGAAAUGCCAUGUGAAUAUGUUGCCUUUUUUUUGUUAUGAAUCUUUGAUGUCUGGUUGUAUAUGUACCACUAUAAAUAAACAUGAGUGAAUAUUA